UUCCAGUACGUCAAAACGUAGCAGUGGUAAAUGAAGUGUUUGUACUGAACUUGCUUGUAGUGUAAGGAUUUUCUCCACGCUUUUGCAAUAAUGUCCGCCGAACGUCUCGCUAAAAUCCCAGAAGCUGAUUUAGAUCCCAACGGCGUCUUCAAAUACGUCCUCAUACGAGUAAACAGCAAAGACGACGAUUCAUAUGUUGAUAUUGUGAGAGGAUACGCAUGGGCCGAGUAUCAUGCUGAUAUCUAUGACCGUGUGGCUGGAGAACUGGAGAGAGAUGGAGGACUGGAUUGUGAAUGUCUCGGAGGUGGAAGAAUCAAACAUGACAGUGCUGCAAAAAAGAUCCACGUCUACGGUUAUUCCAUGGGAUUUGGGAGAGCUAGGCAUUCAGUUUCCACAGAGAAGAUAAAAACCCAUUACCCAGACUAUGAGGUGACCUGGGCGGAUGAAGGGUAUUGAAUGGGUUACAUGACAGCUGCGUAUAAGGACGCUAUUUCAAACCUACCUGUCUUAACACAGCAUUCAAGUCUUGAUGUGCCAAGGCUGAGAAAGGACACAACUUUAAUAGAUUUCUGAUAUGGAUGGACGGAUUAGACAUUUUCUCCAAAACUAAAGGAGAGUCCAUCCUCAUUAUGUUUGAUUGGUUUUCACUUCAUGUGUAGUUUAACACAUGGCAACAAAGCAAAAGGAAUGCAAUUAUGUUUAUAGCCAUUGGUCUUUAAAUAUAGGAAAUUAUAAAAUAAAGCAGGUUAAGUACUUCAUCCAUACCAUAAAAUGUUAUAAAGUGCAACGCUAACAUCCUGAGAUGAUAAUAAAGUCCACAGAAGUGCUCUAAGAAAUUUCCCGAA